AUGGGGUCCUCUCCACACGAACGUGCGGGCCAACCCCAACCAGAAGAAACAGACGACAUUCAACUACCUUCCCAAGACGUCCUCAACAGUCGUCCCAAUACAGCGUUUUUCGUUGAAAGCGACGAGGAGAGUGUAAACACGGCCAUAUUUAAUGGAAACUCUCCACAGAAAACGCUCGGCCCUGCGGCGUUUCUCACAAGUCACCGUCACCUCCCACCAGCGGAUGAAGAUGAUAGUGACGAUGAACAGGACCAUGACCAUGAUGGUGUACUCGGUACACAGGAGUCCCAAAAAGAGAAGCCGGUAACAUGGAGCUCGCUGCCGAAAAAAGGGCAGCUGGCGCUUUUGACCAUGGCCCGGUUAUCGGAGCCUCUCACCCAAACCUCAUUGCAAGCCUACAUGUUCUAUCAGCUCAAAUCGUUUGAUCCGUCAUUGCCCAAUUCGACCAUAUCGGCACAGGCAGGUAUUAUGCAAGGUAGUUUUACUGCUGCGCAGUUCCUGACUGCGGUCUGGUGGGGUCGGCUGGCUGAUGCUGACUGGAUGGGCCGCAAGAGAGUUCUUUUGAUCGGCCUGCUGGGGACUUGUAUCUCUUGUUUAGGGUUUGGGUUCUCUCGGUCCUUUGCUACUGCUGUUGUAUUUCGGACAAUCGGGGGAGUGCUCAAUAGCAACGUCGGUGUGAUGAGAACCCUGAUAGCGGAGAUCAUUGUGGAGAAGAAGUACCAAUCACGGGCCUUCUUACUAUUGCCCAUGUGCUUUAACAUCGGUGUCAUCAUCGGUCCAAUCCUGGGAGGUUCCCUGGCCGAUCCUGUGCAUAGCUUCCCCCAGCUCUUUGGCCCUGGCUCCGUCUUCGGAGGCAAAGAUGGCGUCUGGUGGAUGCAGCGGUGGCCCUAUGCGCUGCCGAAUGUGUUGAGCGCGAUCUUCAUCUUCAUGUCGUUACUAGCCGUCUUUCUUGGGCUCGACGAAACCCAUGAAGUUGCCCGUUAUCGUGGUGACUGGGGCCGGAAACUGGGAAAGCGGAUCGUGCGAGCCUUCACCCGCCGGCCUCCACACUAUCGGCCUCUUCGCUCUGAAGAUAACGACUCGGUGUAUCUCGACGAUAGUGUGGGGGGCUGGUCUGUUCCAUCGAGCCCAACCCGCUCACGCACGCAUCCUCGGCCUCGCCUCCAUAAACGACCUGGUUUCUGGCAAAUAUGGAAUAAAAACAUUCUUCUCACAUUACUGGCGCAUUUUCUGUUGGCGUUCCACACCAGUGCCUUCAACGCCAUGACUUUUGUGUUCUUACCCACCCCUCGUGCCCCUGAAGGCUCCCGCGACGGCUUCUUCCACUUCGGUGGAGGCUUGGGUUUGCCUUCUGCGCGUGUCGGUCUGGCCACGGCAAUCAUUGGUUUCAUCGGUCUUCCCCUACAGAUUUUUCUUUACCCCCGCAUCCAGUCCAAACUGGGUACACUUACCUCGUUCCGCAUGUUCCUCCCCUUCUCAUCGAUCUCCUACAUCCUCAUGCCAUUUCUUGUCGUUCUGCCACGUUUAGUAUGGGUUGUGUGGCCUGCUUUCACGCUCGUUGUGUCUUUACAGGUUAUCUCCCGCACCUUUGUGCUCCCUGCCGCCAUCAUCCUCGUUAACAAUUGCGUCUCCGAUCCGUCUAUCCUGGGUACUGUCCAUGGUGUGGCACAGAGUAUCGCCAGUGCCGCUCGCACUUUGGGCCCCUUCCUUGGAGGCUGGGGUCUCGGUGUCGGUCUCGCACACAACAUGGUUGGAGCUGUAUGGUGGGCUUUAGCUAUUGAGGCUUUCCUUGGGUGGUUUGUGCUAUGGACUAUCCACGAGGGUAAGGGUAUAGAGCGACCAAAGAAUGAGAUUGAUGAGGAGGACGACUGA